GUGGAGUACAUGUGGCUUCUGUAUCGUGGAUUUCCGAGUGGAUUAUAUACACCAUGGGAUCAUUUCCAGCAAUUAACUAAAAUGAUGACAUGAAGCGGAUCCGGGCUUUGAGUUUCCGAGACAUCAGCUUGAACAGUAUUGCGACUGUGAUCGAAGAAGAAGAGGGAAAAGGCGAAAGAGGAGUCGGCCUCGGUUCCGGCUGGCUUUUCAGACCAGCCUUCAACCUCUCCUUCCCCUCGAGGCGUCAUUCCUUCACCAUCAGGGAGACGCGCUCUUCAUCCUCGCGCUCUUCUGGCGCUUUUCAGCUUACCCGAUCUAAAAGCAUCCAUGAGAGAGAAUUUUCAUGAGGAGAUGGUGGAGGAAGGGCAAGAAAGACAAGAGGAAGCAACUCUCGCCCAGGAAGUUGUCACCCAUGAUGAGGAUAAAGAAGCUGAACCCAGCAAGAUUUUCGUUGGUGGGUUACCACCCUCGGCAACCAAGAGGGAUUUGGAGGCUCUCUUUUCACCCCAUGGGCAAUUGAAAGACUGUUUCAUUGUCCGGGAUCCUCGAAGCAGGCAACCAAAGGGAUUUGGUUUUGUGAUCUUCAAACAGCAGUCUGAUAUGCAGAGGUUGCUUGGAAAUGAUAAACUGAGACUGAAGAUAAAGGGGAGAGAGCUACGAAUCAUGCCAGCAGUACCAAAGUCCAAGAUUGUACAAAAUGUGAAAAAGAGGGAAACCAAAGUAAAUACUGAACUGGUGUCAUCACCACUGCUUUGUUCCUCUACCACAAACAGUCCUCCUUGCUGGUCCAAUGCUUUAUCAAUAAAUGAUUUACCAAAGGAAGUCUUGGCCAGGAUAUUCUCCUACUUGGACCUCAGAAAUCUUGCCAAAGUCGGAAAAGUCUGUGUGAAAUGGUAUGAAGGAAGUCGCCUGGCAUGGCAGGGAAAAUAUCAUCUGACCCUAGAGGGAGUGUUCAACCUGUUUGCAGGGGAUGGCUUGACAAACAGACGUUUAUCUGGCCUUCUCUCCAACUGUCCCAAUCUCAAGAGCUUGGACCUCUCCACUGCCUCUCACCUUCUCAAUGCGUCUUUCACUAAAAUCAUCGGACACUACUGCCCCAAGCUGAGGCAUGCAAACCUGCAACGGACUCCCUUGACAGUGACCGGUCUGAAGGAGCUGACACGAGCCUGUCGUCUCAUCACGGAAUUGCAUCUUGGGUCUUGUGCUGAUGUGGGAGAGAAGGGGUUCUGGUAUAUGUUGCAUGAUCUCCAUCACCUCAGGGUCUUCUCCUGCACAGACAAUCAUAGACUGAAAGGUCAUUGCUUCUAUCAGGCUCAUGACCAGCUGGAAGUUUUGGAUGUGACCAAUUGUCAGAGAUUAGAAGGGGAAGGGGUGAAGCUACUUGUGAAGCGGUGCCCGAACCUCAAAUCGCUCAAGAUUGGAGGAUGUCACAAGAUAGAUGGCACUGUCCUUCAGGUCAUCACCUCUCAACUUGCUCAUCUGACAUCUCUGUCCCUUCAAGGAAAUACCAAAUUCACCUCUCUUCAACUGUCCUUGGCCUUCAGGUCACCGUUGUCAACUGAACUGAAGGAGUUGAUCUUGAGCAACAUGCCUGGUGUGGAUUCUCACGUAUUGGAAUCCUUUAGUGAGGGCCCCUUGAGGGAUUCUCUCGAAAUCCUUGACAUCUCUGGAUGCAAUGAAGUUGGGGAUGUAGGAUUGUCAAAUUUGUUUGGCUUGCCUCUGAGAGAAUUGGAUGCAUCAUACUUGGGUAGGAUGACAGAUGUGGGGCUGACCUGCCUUGCCACCCUGUUGACAUUGAGGUGUCUUCGUCUCCGGGGCAACCCUCGUAUCACCACCGAAGGUGUGAGUGAUAUUGUGAGGAGCUGCUUGGAACUGGAGGAAUUAGAUGUGAGUGGGUGCGAUCUCAUUGGAGAUGGCAUCAUUGAUGCAUCCCUAUCUGCACUUGCUCAACGCCUGAGUAACAAACUUGUGCUUCGAAUUGGAGAAAUGGCCGAAGGAGAGAGUCGAGAUACAAGGAUUGAUGCCAAAGGAAGAGCUUCUGACUCACCUCCAAAAUGCAUUGUGGAUGACAGCCCAUUACAACUUCAAAUGGACAAAAACAAGGAAUCCCUGCAGGUGAAGUUGAUGACAAGACGUCCCCGUGACCAGCUGGUCGAGCAAGGCAUCAUUCCACCUCCCAACAUGCCUCAAGCAUUUUUUGAACAGCGUCAAAAGCUUGAGAGGGCAAAAAUCGGGGACAUGCUCAAGGCAAAGAUUCAGAGUCGCCCCGAUCGACAGGAGUUGAUCCAGCAUAACAUUCUGGGUGAUACAGGAAACAUCGAUCCAUCCUUGGUAGAAAAGCAACUACAGUUGAAACGAGCACGGCUGGCAGAUUCUUUAAAUGAACAUUUAUCCCAUCGUCCGGGUCCCUUGGAGCUCAUAAAAGGGAACAUUCUACAUACAGACGAUGUGCUGGAAAAGGCUGUCAAAGAGGGAUUCCUCCAGUUCAAGAAGACAUCAGAAGGAACUGUUCAGAAACAUCCUCAGAGGACGUUUGUACCAAUUGAGGAGGAUUCUAGUAGUGAGAGUGCAAUGUCACCCUUACAGUCACCCCUUCAGGACCCAGAAAAACCUGUACUGAUGAAUCAAUCAAGUGAAGCAACAGCCACAUCUCUCUCACCGACCAAAAAGGAACCUACCUUCACAUUCACUGGAGUGUCAGCCACAUUCUUGGAAAGUAAGCCUGGGCUAAGUAUACAAUCAAAAUCAGGUGGGAGCACUGGGCUGCCAUCAGCCAGCAUGGCACUCUCAAGGACAUAUUCUCAUGGUGCCAUUCCCAGAAGUGAAGGGGGAGGAAAAGCAAAAUCAAUAAAGAAGUCCAAGGCCAAGAUGCAGCCCAAAACCCGCAAGAUCACCUUUCACGAAUACAAGGGUCCUCCAAGUGCCCAAAAAAAGGAGUCUGCCAACAAUGGUGGAAACUCCAAAUCCAAUGAGUCAUCAUAUGACUUAUUGCUGCAACAACAACAGCUGUUUCUGCAGUGGCAAUUAGAAUGGCAACACAAAUAUCCCCAUAUCCUCCUUCCAGCAAACAAAAGUGAUGGAAGUGGUAAUGGAAAUAUGAAGCAACCGAUUGUAGCCAUCAAAACAACAAUCUGCAAGCAGGCCAGUGACACUGGAACAAUGGGGAUGUCUAAGCUGGAGGACAUGAAGGUGAGCGACCUCAAGGCCGAAUUGAAGAAGAGGAAUCUCCCUGUUUCAGGAUCCAAGCCCCAGCUGAUAGAACGAUUGAAGCCUUACUCAGAUGUCACCACGGGAGCAGCAUCUGGGUCCUUGCCAAUGCUGGCUCCUUCCUCCUCUUCCAUCCAAAAGCCUGUUGCUGCCCUUACCACCAUCCCAGUGAUCAUCAACCCUGCCAUAGCUGUUACUCACCCAUUACCAAGAGCAGAAACCACCCUGCAAGGUCAAAUGGAGAUCUCCAAUGACCAGCAGACAAUGUUGGUGACUGAUACUGAUGGAGACAAGAAGACAGAAUCCUCAAGUCGUCCUUCAUCAGUGGCUCCAAUGGAAACAGAUGGUGAAGAAUCUGUGAGCAUGAUGGAUACAAAUGAGGUGGCAAAGAAUAGAAAUACACCCUCUCCCCCCCCACCACCUCCUCCUCCUCCUCUUCCUCUUCAAGGUCCUCCAAAACCCCAGGUGGCUGUUGUGCAUCCAUCAGCUCGAAUACCCAAUGUUCUCAAAGCUGGUGACCUGAAGGAGAUUGAAGUUCACGCUGUACCCAAGCGUCACAGUUCCCCCAACCUCCAGAGUUCUCCCAAAAUCUCUAUACCAGUAUUGGAGAACACCCUCUUGGUUAAUUGGACACCUGUGACAACCCAGUCCCAGGAGGUAGUGACAGCACCUCUGGUGCAAGUCUCCACUACAACAACUCAACCUGCACAUCCAGCACAACUGCAAGUGAAUCAUUUGCGAACAAAGAGUUUGCCAGACUUUGAGACUCUGAAACAAGAAAUGGCAGCCCCACCACCUCCAUAUGUGGAAACUGAGAAGUUGGUCCCAGAUGACCUUUCUAAAAUUGAAGACCUGCUUCAGAUCCAACCAACAACGAUACCUCGACCACGGAAACUAUCAGUAAAAUCUCAGGCUGUGGAUGAUAUUCUUGAGAUACUGAUUCGAAAUGGGGAGUUGCCACCAAGUGCAGCCAAUGAUCCUGUUACUCCUACCACUCCCAAAUCCCUCACACAGGAUCUGGUGUUCCCUACGGGGUCAAAUGGGACCUCUGCCCCACCUCCUCCGCCUCCACCUCCACCUCCUCCCCCCCCACCACUGCCAGGUGUGAGUCAAAGACUUCCAACAGUCAUCACCACAUUCCCGAAGGUUGAAUCAAACCGAUCGAGCCAGAAUGCAAUAGAGAUGUUGAUAUGUGAUCUCAAGAGUGAUGAACCACAACCAACACCUCUGUCCUACAGUGAUGACCCUCUACAGGCCAUGGACACAGUGGAUCCAGUAUUAGCUCAAGGACAUGUGGAUGGGGUUGGGACACGGGAAGAUGCAUUGGACUGGAAUGAAGUCAUGCAGAAUGACAUUGACCUGAGAGAGUUGCUCGACUCAUGGGCCAUGAACACAUCUGAUUUCCCUCACGGCCUCAUGACUUGCUCCAUGAAUGCAUUGCAGGAACCUGACACUCGGGACCCACUCCUCAGGGUGAUUCAUCUUAUUGGUGGGGACGUGGGGCCAUUUCGACCAGGAAUCCCUACACGUGUUCCACUCUGGCUUGCUGUGAAUCUUCGUCAGAGACACAAGUGUCGCAUCGUUCCUCCUGAUUGGCUCUCCACUGACAUUCUUGAGCAGGCAAAGGAAGCAGAGAAGGAGAGCGCAUAUUUCACUCGAAUGCCAAAUGCCCACUUCAUCCAGGUCUCCCAACUUCUCCUGAGUACAGCUGCAUCAGAUAUCCCCAAUUCGGAGGGCGUUCGCAUGCUCAUCAAAGACAUCUGGGACAUUCGAGAAGCCAAGCUGCGUGCCUCUGUGGAAGCGUUCAUCCGUUCUGGCUCCAAGCACGCCAAGCUCGAUCAUCUCACUCUGUUUGAACUGAACUCUGUUCGUCAGCUUCUUACUGAAUCCCUUCACCAUUUGCAUCGCCUAAGCAAGUCAGCACUCAUUGAAAUGUACAAACCAGCCCAUAAGUUAACAGACGAUCGAGUGAGAACAGCGGACAUCGAGUUGGAUGAAGAUGUGGAUUUUUGUGGGCUCGGUCUGUCAGAUGAUGUGUUGAAGGGUCUGAAGUUGGCUGGAUUCCGACGUCCCUCUCCAGUUCAGCUGAAGGCCAUUCCCUCAGGACGCUGUGGCCUUGAUCUCAUUGUCCAGGCUAAGUCUGGCACAGGGAAGACGCUGGUGUAUGUGGUAGUGGCAUUGGAGAGGGUGUCCAUGAAUGUGAAUGGCCCCCAGGUCCUGGUGUUGGUGCCCACAAGGGAGAUAGCCGUUCAAGUGACUCAGGUCACGCAGGCCGUUGGGAAUGCCAUCCCAGGUUUCAAGGCCUUUGCCUUCAUUGGCGGUCUCCCUGUCGAGGAAGAUCUCUCCAAGCUCAAAAAGUGCCACAUUGCCAUUGGCACACCAGGGAGGAUCCUGCAACUGAUCCAGAUCGAUGCCCUGAGGACAGAUCACAUCAGGCUCCUGGUUCUUGAUGAGGCUGACAUUCUUCUGAAUGCCCUCUCCUUCAGAAGAAGCAUCGAUCCCAUUUAUGCUCGACUUCCUGCUUCCAAGCAGGUGAUGGCCAUGAGCGCUACAUAUCCAGAGGAGGUGGAAGAUGCCCUGGCAACUUACAUGAGGCAGCCGACUCGCAUCCACAUCACGACAGACAAGCUUGCUGCCCUUCUUGGGAUCACGCAGUUGGCAUACAUCACCGAGGACCACCCCAUGCCGCUCAAGGUCCAGGCGAAGAAGAUGGUCGCCCUCCUCGACGUCCUUGGAUCCGUCGUUUUUGGCCAGGAAAUCGCAUCACAGACAGACAAGGCAUACAUCAAAAGCAUGGAUUGUGUUUAUUACGCAGGAGCACUGCAGCAGCAAGAACGUCUGGUUGCUUUGUCCCAGCUCCAGCGCUUUAAAUGUCGCCUUCUUCUCUCCACGGAUCUCACGGCCCGAGGUGUUGACGCCGAGCACGUCGAUCUCGUCAUCAAUUACGAUCUCCCUAAGGAUCCUGCAACGUACAUGCAUCGCAUCGGACGAGCCGGUAGGUUUGGUUCCUUGGGCCUGGCCAUCUCCCUUGUGAGUGCAGGGGAGGAAUAUAAGCGGCUUCAGUCCAUCGUGUCCCAGAUCGGGGUCUACGUGAAGGAAUUGCCUCAGCCUCUUCCGGAAGAUCUGUGGGAAAUGGAUACAGCCGAGUUGAAAGUAGUGCCUCCAUUACAAGCGGAGAAUGGUGCCGACGGGAUGAAUGCAAGAGUGAGGGGACCGCACCAAGGUGCCAUUUCUAAACACAAGAGCCAAAAUGGAGUGAAAUCGGAACCAUCUCGAUCGACUCGGGGAGAAGACUCCAAUAUACCCCUCGCGGAAGGAGGCGCUGAUGCAAACGGCGAGGAGCUGCCCAACGGAAGGCUUUCCUAUCGAGAUCCCGCGAUGGAGUCCACUCACAAGAGUCUACAAGGUGAACAUUCAUUCGCCAGUAAAAAUGCGCGGUCUGAUAGAGGAAAAGCACGAUGCGAUGCAUUCAAGAGCCCUUCGACCAAACCCCCCAAGACCAGCGAGACUCACCCCGAGGAGAGGAAUAUCAGAGGCAAGCCUCGUGCCGCUCAACUGCAGGAGUCCAAGAGGGUCACGAGUGUCGCUGUCGAACGAAGCCGUCACCAUGCGUGCCCGGAGAGCGGUAAGAAAACGACGGACGAAUUGAAGACUCGAGUCGGGUCGUCGUUGUCGUCGUGGAUGCAGGCGUUUUCUCCCAAGGUUACAGCCUCUUCUCGACGAAUGACUUAUGCAGAAACGGUGGAUCGUCUCAAAUCUCUCGCUCUGGAAGGAGGGGAAGUCGACAGCCUCUUCACCGUGCCGCAGAUCGCGCCCGCAGACGCCGAAACCGUACAAGAAUAUCUCGAGAGGCGGCGCGAAGAACUGGAAUGCCUCCGGGUUGGAGUCGUGGAGGCUCCCGACGCGAACACCCUGGCCCUUGCCCCUGCUGUUCCAGACGAGAAGCACGAAGGCGAACCGAGAGAGAGAGUCGAAGAAGUGGAGGUCGUGAGGAAAGACACGGGGACUAAGAGCUUCCAGAGAGAGCACGUUCUCCCUCUGUUGACAGUCGACGAAGAAGAGAACGAGGAAGCCGAAGGUGAAACCGACGUCGCCGCGGCAGAAGGCGCAGCGGAUGCGUCCGACGAAUGGCUCUUCCCCUCCGACGAAGACGACGACCGAGACGAAGCACCCGCGGAACCUGUCGGAGACGACCGAAUGUCGGCCGACGACGCCCGAGUCGAAGCACGGGCGGAGUCGGACUCCGACGACGGCCUCGCCGCCGAGUGGCCCUUCGCCGACGACGAAGACGUCUCCGACGCCGAGACCGAGUCGGCCGGGUCGCCGGACGACUCGAUACCGUCCGACACCGACACCGACUCCGAGGAAGAGAGCGGCACCCACGACAAUCCCGGUAUACAUUGGGACGCCUUCUACCGCCAGUGGCUCCAGCAGGUGCAGCAGAUGAGCCUGCAUCUCCAGUACUCCACGUACUGGACCGUCAUGAAUGGAUCGGACCAGUGAGUACCGAACGGUACGGAUCUGCGGGGAUCAAAAGGAAGAAAAUCCUGUGCUUUUUCUUGUUUUUGCAUCUCGUAUCCAAGAGGCA